CUCACAAGGAGGAGCCGCAGCUGAGCAUAUCUACCCAAACCUUUACUGACAUCUGACUGUCGCCUGUAGCUCUAGUGAUUCAGUCAGUGUUAAACACCGCUGGAUUUUAUAAAAGCAGCUUCUGUAGUUUUUAAUCAGCCUUUAGUGAACAUCCACAGAGAACAGAAGUUAUCAGAGAGACGAGAGUGAGAAGCGCAUCCUAAAUUUGGAGAGGAGAGAGCGCGCAGAUGGCAGCCCUCAUUAGCGCGUACUCGUCGUGGCCGGAGUCCUUCGAGUGUCCUCCAGGAGAUGGGGACGUGUCGGACGGACACGGCUCGCACAGAACCCCCGCGGACAAGGCUCCGGAGCCGCGGAUCAGACGGCCCAUGAACGCGUUCAUGGUGUGGGCCAAAGAUGAGCGCAAGCGGCUGGCGGUUCAAAACCCAGACCUGCACAAUGCCGAGCUCAGCAAAAUGUUGGGCAAGUCAUGGAAGGCCCUGACUCCCCCUGAUAAGAGGCCCUAUGUUGAGGAAGCAGAAAGGCUCCGGGUGCAGCACAUGCAGGACUACCCCAACUAUAAGUAUCGGCCACGCCGGAAGAAACAGCUGAAACGCAUCUGCAAGCGAGUGGACCCCGGCUUCCUGCUGAGCGGGCUGGCCCCUGAUCAGAACGCCCUGCCCGAGCAGCGGGCCCUCUGUCACCCCCUGGACAAAGACGAGGGCAGCCCUAACGGCCUCAGGAGCGGCUUCUCUAGCCCCAGCCCGGCAUUGCCCAGCGUCCGAAGCUUCAGGGACCCAGCCCCCUCCAGCAGCAGCUUUGACACCUACCCCUAUGGCCUGCCCACCCCCCCUGAGAUGUCCCCCUUAGAUGCCAUGGACCACGAGCAUGUCCCCCCCUCUUAUUAUUCAACAUCUGGUAGCUCCUCCUGCUCUUCCUCCUGCCCAGACGACCACCACCAGAAUCAUCACAUGGGCAGCCCGCCCCCGUACCACACUGACUAUUCUCAGACCCAGAUCCACUGUGGGACACACAUGGGUCACAUCGCUCACAUGUCCCAAAGUGGUGGGGGACUGAUCCACGGCCCCCCGCUGUCUUACUACAGUACCUCAUCUUUCGCCCAGAUCCACCACGGGCUCCACCAGGGUCACCUGGGUCAGCUGUCCCCCCCGCCAGAGACCCAGGGUCACCUGGAGACUCUGGACCAGCUGAGUCAGGCCGAGCUUCUGGGUGAGGUGGACCGCAAUGAGUUUGACCAGUACCUGAACUCCAAUGGGCCCGGGUUCCACCCCGAGCAGGGCAGCAGCAUGACUGUUACAGGACACAUCCAGCUGACGUCUCCCAAUGCUGGUUCUGUCACUGCGUGUCCCAGCAGCUCCUCAGAAACCAGCCUCAUUUCAGUUCUCGCAGACGCAACGGCGGCCUACUACAACAACUACGGCAUCUCGUAAGCUCACAUUACACUUGGGGCUGAUCAGAGACACUAUGGGGUUUAAAUGGGGGGAAGACAUUUGGGAUGAUGUUGCACUUGGCUGCCAGUCAGAGAAAAGUUUUGGUGCUCUUAUCUGUAAUUUCAAAUCUUGUAUAAGCAUCCAUGAGCAACAUCACCCCAGCAUGAUUAAAACCUGAACUGAUCACUGAGCAAUAUGAUUGUCUGAAACCGAGGAAAGAACAAAGAGCAAGCGGAGAAAUAUGAAAAAAAAGGAGAUGGACACCUCAGGGAUGCAGACACAAAAUACUAUAGUAUGCCACCUCCAGCUGUCAUGACAUUUCUAAACCAGAAGAACAAUCGUAAAGACUUUUUUUCCACUUGUAAAUGUCACCAGUUACUGUUUCCACUGCGGCAUGUACAGACGCUCUUUAGAAGCUAAUUUAAGUACUUCGAUGUUUUGCAUAAAUGCUACUGUAAUGCUAUAAUUGACGCUUUCCAUACGAAUGUUUGUAUUAUAUGUUCUCGCUCUCAUUAGCUUGGGAGUUUUACCUCACUAGUUGUAAUUGAUUGAGGUUUUAGUUGGCCAUUUCUUAUGCAAUUUAACAGAAUGGUGUAUAAUGAAGAAAAAAGGCGUUUAUACUUCUUCCCAAGUACUUAAUAAUAUAUAAUCAUAACCUCUACGAUGAAAAAUAAUAAUGGUAACUAUAAAUGUAUGCUGAUUUAGGUUUGUGAAAGACAGUAAUUUAAAAUAAAGUUCCAUUUUUUAUAUUAA